AUGUCUCGCUCAAAAGAGGGCUUCCUAUGGACUCCCACCGAAACGACCUCUGGCCUGCCCACGGAUGCAGUGCAACCAAGCUCCCCGACCCUCCGCAACCGCUAUGACGUGAUCGUCAUCGGCGCUGGGUUCGCGGGCCUCACCGCAGCCCGCGACCUGAGUCAGAAGCACGGUCUGGCCGUUCUCCUGGUGGAAGCCCGCGAUCGCAUCGGCGGGCGCACAUGGACGGCCCGAGUGCUCGGGGAGGAGAUCGAAAUGGGCGGCACCUGGGUGCACUGGAACCAGCCGCAUCUCUACGCCGAGCUACAUCGGUACGGACUGCGCCGGAACCUGAAGACCUCCGCGGGGACCUACGCGCCCCAUGAGCAGUUGUUCAAGUCGUCAGGCGGUGCGGUGGAGAAGGUUUCCCACGAGCAAUAUGGACCGGUUCUGGAGCGUGUGGCGCAGAGGGUCUUCGCGAUCGACGGGUUGGACAGUCGGGCCUUGAUGCCGUAUCCCCAUGACCCGCUGCGGACGCCCACACCGUGGAAGAAGUACGAUCAUCUCAGUGUUCAGGACCGAUUGGAUCAGCUGGCAGACUUGGGUCAAUGGGAGAAGGAGUUGUUCGCGUCCAACGUUAGCACGUUCGGCAGUGCCCCGGCGAAGGAGACAGGGUUCACCGACGCACUGCGCUGGUUUGCGCUCGGGGGUCACAGCAUGGCGGGAGUGUUCGAGCUGGCAGGGAUUUACAAGCUGGGUCGGGGCGGGAUGACCUCCCUUGCUCGGGCGAUUCUCAGCGAGUAUGCCGGGGACAUUAGUUUUAGCACGGUUGUCGCCGAAGUGAACCAUGUGGUGGAUGGUGUUGAGGUGCACACGAAGGAUGGACGGAGGUUCCGAGCUGGCGCGGUCAUCUCAACGAUCCCACUGAACUGUCUCGGCGACAUCCGAUUUAACCCUUCCCUCUCGCCCCUUCGUCAAACCGCCGUGAGCCAAGGCCACAUCAACCGCGGCGCAAAGAUCCACUUCAAGCUACGUGAAACGCUGCCCGGCUGGUUCUGGACGGCCAAUGACGCCAGCGACUCGGAGUUCGUCUUUGCGUUCUCGGACCACAACGGCACCCAGCCUUCGGGACCAUCGGGCACCUGGUGCAUAGGCUUCGGGUACAAUGGGCAUUUGACCCAGAAGACCGACAGUGAGUAUAUCGUGCAAAGGUUCAAGCGGGAUAUCAAGCCCGGUGUCACUGUUGAAGCAUACGCGACCCAUGACUGGAUGAACGACCCGUAUUCCAAGGGCGUGUGGGCCUGCUGGGGCCCCAACAGUGCAUCGGCCCAUCUGCAAGAGCUCCAGAAACCGCACGGUCGCAUUCUUUUCGCAAGUGCGGACUGGGCGGAUGGUUGGCGGGGCUUUGUCGAUGGAGCCAUCGAGCGAGGUCAGGUAGCUGUUCGGGAUACUGUGCGGCUGUUGAAGGAUAUUUCCACGGUGUCUGCCAAACUGUAA